GUGAGCAGAGGCGGAGCAAGCGGAGCAGGAUUAAUCGGAUGCGGGGUUUAUAUCGAGAGUUCUCGUGACUUCCGGUCGCAUUAACGUGAACAGUGAAGCCCGUCCGCGGCGCGAGACCGACAUGUUGCCGUUCCGGUGCCCGGUCGCUGUGAGGGAGCUGCUCAGACCCAGCCGCACGCGGCCGUUAUUGUGCGCUGCCGCUCGGGAUAAGACGUCACGAGCCGCUUGUGGUAAGAUCACACCGGCGACAGGUGCGCGCGCUCCAGCCGGAGGAUGCCGCCGGUAUCUGUGCACGAGCGGCGAUCAGCCGACAAACUGCAAAGAUGCAGCCAGCGAGAAAAGAAGGAAGGCAGGAAUCCUGCCCAGUCUGGAGGAUCUGCUCUUCUAUACCAUCGCCGAGGGUCAAGAAAAAAUCCCAGCACACAAGUUUACUACGGCGUUGAAAGCAACAGGUCUGCGUACAGGAGAUCCCCGUCUGAAGGAGUGUAUGGAGAUGCUGAAGAUCACACUGAAGACCACAUCUGAUGGAGCUCUGGAUCGACACCUCUUUAAAAAAUGUGUCCAGAGCAACAUUGUGCUGCUCACUCAGGCGUUCAGGAAGAAGUUUGUGAUUCCCGAUUUCCAGUCGUUCACGUCACACAUCGAUGAACUUUAUGAAACCGCCAAGAAGCUCUCUGGAGGGCAGGUGGCAGACUACAUCCCGCAGCUGGCGAAGUUCAGUCCUGAUUUCUGGGCCGUGUCUCUCUGUACCGUUGAUGGCCAGAGACACACAGCAGGUGAUACCAAAGUGCCGUUCUGCCUGCAGUCGUGUGUGAAGCCGCUGAAAUACGCCAUCGCCGUUCACGACCACGCCACCGAGUACGUGCACCGCUUCAUCGGGAAAGAACCCAGCGGACUGCGCUUCAACAAGUUGUUCCUCGACGAGGACGAUAAGCCGCACAAUCCGAUGGUGAACGCCGGAGCGAUCGUCUGUACCUCACUCAUCAAGCAAGGCGCCAGUAACGCAGAGAAGUUCGACUAUGUGAUGAACUUCAUGAAAAAGAUGGCAGGAAACGAGUACGUGGGCUUCAGCAAUGCGACGUUUCAGUCUGAGAGAAUGUCUGGAGACAGAAACUUUGCCAUUGGGUACUAUCUGAAGGAGAAGAAGUGUUUCCCAGAGGGUACAGACAUGACCUCGAUCCUGGACUUCUACUUCCAGCUGUGUUCUAUAGAGGUGACGUGUGAGAGUGCUAGCGUGAUGGCGGCUACGUUGGCCAACGGAGGAUUCUGUCCAAUCACAGGCGAGCGUGUGCUGAACCCCGAGGCUGUGAGGAACACGCUGAGCCUCAUGCACUCCUGUGGCAUGUAUGACUUCUCUGGGCAGUUUGCCUUCCAUGUGGGUUUACCAGCGAAGUCAGGCGUGUCUGGUGGUAUUUUGCUGGUGGUUCCCAAUGUGAUGGGUAUCAUGUGCUGGUCUCCUCCUCUGGACAAACUGGGGAACAGCGUCCGCGGCAUCAAGUUCUGCACGGAUCUGGUGCAGCUGUGUAACUUCCACAACUAUGACAAUCUGCGUCACUUUGCAAAGAAGCUGGAUCCCCGGCGAGAGGGCGGAGACGAGCGGGUAAAGUCAGUUAUUAAUCUGCUGUUUGCUGCUUACACAGGGGAUGUCUCUGCACUAAGGAGAUUCGCUCUGUCCUCGAUGGACAUGGAGCAGAGGGAUUAUGACUCCAGGACGGCGCUGCAUGUGGCUGCUGCUGAAGGUCACUCUGAGGUCGUGCGCUUCCUCCUUGAGGCGUGUAAGGUGAACCCCAUCCCCAGAGACAGGUGGGGGAACACACCCAUGGACGAGGCUGUACACUUCGGUCAUCAUGAUGUUGUGACGAUUCUGCAGGAUUACCACAACAAGUACAGUCCACAGGAGAGCAGCACCACUGGGGACAAGGAGACUGCAGAGAAGAACCUGGACGGCAUGCUCUGAGAGACAGUGUGUGUGUGUGUGUGUGUGUGUGUUCCUGAUGAUUAUCUCAGUACUUUCUGUAGGUAUGUGGUCACGUGUUUGUGCAGAAGUCUGUAUUUAUAAUGGCUCUUGUUAGACGUGUGUGUGUGUGUGUGUGUUGCCCCACGUUGUGCCCCAGGUAUGUAUCCUGAAGGUGAUGCUCUGUCGGGUUGCCAGCUUGUGAAAUUCUGCUCAGAGCCACUUCAAACUCUAAUUAAUCAGGAAACACUGAGUAUAAAUAAACAUCGCUCACAUUACUGCUAUAAUUUCAUUCCUGUUAAUUAAGAGGAUUUAAACAUUUUAAUCUGGCAACCCUGUGGCAUUCCCACACUGUUUCCCUUUACUGCAGGUGUGGUAUUUAUCCACACACACUCUGAAUGUGUUGUAUAAGUGUAAUGUUAGAUAUUGGGAAAUAUUUCGUGUUGUGGUUUUUUAGUUAGUUCCAGAAAUGAUCUGUUUUUAAAGAAAUGAUCGAUCAGGGUUUGAGCUCGUGGACGAGCUUUUGUACGAUUGCAUUGUUUGAGUUUUUAAAAUGUUAAUGGUAUAGAUAUGGAUCAGUAAUCACUAAUACAGUACAUCACUAUGUUCAACAAAAUGUCAGUCCAAACCUCUAACGUUUAAAACUUCCUUCUCGUCAUCCAGUGAAGAUGAAACGUUCUCCUGAUUAAAGGGUCUGAAAAAUUAACACCAUGUGAUGUGAUGUAAAGUUGACGCUAAGAAGCUCUCCAUCUGUCAAGACGCGCCCCUAUUUCCAUGGCCAUGCGAUCACGUGUCUGAAAAAUUCCUGAAAUGCUUCAGCUUGUAUUAGCUCUGUAAAAGCGAUCUUAGUGGAAAUAAGUUCAAAUCUAGACUCUGAAGACAUUAUUCAGUUUGUACCUUCAGGGGAGCUUUUAAAGCAACAAAGCGUUUCACUAUCAGUAAUAGAACCCGGUAGGAAAGCUGUUCGAAUCCUCUCGUGAAGUUAAAAUCAUGACCAAGGUUACAGUAUUCUAUGGACAGAACUCAGGCUUAUGUGUGAUAUUUAUUUAUUUUUUAUUUUUAUUUAUUUAUUUUUAAACAGAAUUUGGUCAUGUUGCGUCACAGGUGCGUGUAUAGUGAGGAUUUUAAUACGUAGCUCAGCCAAUCAGAUUGUGGAACUGAAACAUUUAUUUAUUUAUAUUAAAUUAAAGGUGCAUUUGGUAAGAUUUUAUUUAUAUAUCUAUCUACCCAGAAUUUGUAAAGAUUAGACCUGGUACAUGGAGGUGAAUAUGAUUUUGAAGAAUUUAUUUACUCCUUGAACCCGCCCAUGUACACAAAGCUCCGCCCACAGAAUCUACAAUGGUAAAAUUAGGACUCGUAGCGUUUAAGCAGCACGACAUACAUUUUCUAUGCAACUGGUUUAUUCAAAUUUAUUUGAUUUGGCUCUUGAAGUUAUAAUAAACGUAUCUACUUUUAUAUAAUGAAUCAAGCAGUCAUUCAGACAACUUCAUCCAGACGUGUUCAGGAGAAACUUCAUCGAUGCUGUGUCUAGUUUCAUCUUCAUCACCAAUUUAAAAAAAAAAAUUAUGAUUAUUUUUAAGUCAGAGGAGAAUUAUCUGGCUGCGCUGGGUGUGUACCGAUUUCAGACUUUUCCACACACACUUUAUCCUGGAAGUGUGUGAGCGUGUUUCCAGUCUGCUGUAAAUCUGUGUUUAACUUUGUUUUAUUGUGAUGUACUGCAUUAGUGAUUACGGAACGGUGUGUGUUCAGUGUGUCUGUAUGCGAUUGUUUCUUUCAUUCAUUUUAUUUUGUGUGUGUGGUUUUAGUGACUGAAAUAAUUUCUGAAUGCACUGGCGUGUGGGUGGUGAGUUUUAGGGACCAGAGAAAUUAAGACUGAAGGAAAGACGAUGUAAAGACCAAAUCAGAUUCACAACUGUUUGUUGACUUAUUUGUGUAUUUAUUUAUUUAUUUAUUGGAUGGAAAUUACUUGACACAGUGACUUUGGGGGGGGGGGAUUCUCAUUUAUGAACAGCCUGGAUACACUGAUGACACCGAUGUGUCUCAGGCAUGAUGACGGCAAUCUCUGUAGAUUUACGUUUAUUUACAUUUAAAGGUUACUGACGUUAUUAACUGAUCAUCAGCCAGUAAUCAGUUCCGGCACGAUAUUAAACUUAGAGAUCAUCAACAUCAUGGACACUGGAUGUCUUCGAAAUAUUCCAAAUUAAGGACAUUUUAUGUCCUUUUUUUAUGGACAAGGGGGGGGAAAAAAGAUUUUCAUGAACCCAGUCAUUUAAGCACUCGUUUCUCAAGCUAACAUCAAAACCAGUGUAAAAAACGUUGUAGGACGGGACGCGUCUUGAGAUGUUCGUGUCUCGUAAGAAUGAGCAGGAGCUGAUAUAUGUUGCAGCUGAAAACCAUCACAUCCCUAAAUGUUCUGUUAAGAGGCCACGCCUCUGGGAUUUAUGACACGCAGAGGCGUAAUACGGCAUCAGAAGAAGUCAGGGGGGAAAAAAAAAAGACUCGCAGCACGCAUGUGUCCGAAUCAGCUGGGUUUACCGCGUCGUCCGUGCUGAUAAACUGCAGAGGGUUGUGUGGAGACGACUGUUUUUCUGUCCAACAGUAAACUGAGUGAGGAAAUCACAGCUCGAUACAGGAAUAUACACAGGGCGUGUGUGUGUGUCCAGACAUGGUGAAUAUACCACCACCACCCGCCCAAAAAAAAAAGUAUUGGCACCUUGAUCUGAGCUACACUGAUUUCCUUUCACAAAGGGUGCCAAUAAUUAUGGACAGCACUGCAGGUAUGUACUAUACAUCUCGCCACACAUCUGUUGUACAAGUGUAUCCAGGCUGGGAAAGUGUUCAUCCUUUAUACUGCGAAGGUCCUUAAAAGACCAAAAAAAAAAAAAAGGGGCCCUGUUUCCUGUUAAAGUAGCGCAAGAAGCGUUUAGGUUUCUGACAAGUUGCUGCUGGAGCUCCGUGGAGUCACGCAGAGGAUCUGUAGCCAAGUCAAAUCACAAAGCGAAAAAUACACACGGGAAGUACGAACAGUUGUAGGAAAUAAUCUCAUCCAGUGACAGUCUGACCAAUCACAACCUGUGUUUAUGACUGAAUGUUAUACACACGCAUUUAUCCUCUAUAUUAAUGAAUAUGCAUAUGUUUGUUUGUACUCUUUCUGUUAUGAUUCAGUUAUGUUACAGACGACACAGAGUAUUUACUUCGCAAAGGAAGCCUCAAAUAAAAGCAAAGCUUUCGAAGCACAUAA